AUGCUAAGAGAAGAGCGACGAAGGCAUUGUGAAACGGAGGAGAGAGCCACUGGCGCUGUACAGUGGAGAAUGUCAAGCUCAUGCCGUUCUGAUGUCAGGUUGUAUGCUAAAGCUAUGACCUGGCCUAUCACCAUUAUUGGUAUGUUCACCUCUAGUGAAGGCUUCAGAGUUACAGCAGCGUGGUGGUUGUCUAAAUGGUCGGCUCAUCCCGAGUCCCCUGCUGCCCGUAAUGUGGCCUACUAUAUGGGGAUAUAUGGUGUCAUCUGCCUCUCCCAACUGGUCGCUCUAUUCUUCGGCCAGAUCAUGACGGCUAUUGGUGGCAUCACAGCUGCCAGGAACCUCCAUCGUCGGAUGUACGAUUGUCUGCUGCGUGCGAAGAUGUCCUUCUUCUACUCCACGCCCAUCGGCCGUAUACUGAAUCGCUUUUCUAAGGACGUGCAGGACAUGGACCGUAACUUGGCUCCAUCGCUGACAAUGACGGUGAACUCUGUCCUUACACUCAUAGGGACUAUGGUGCUGUUGUCUUUGUCUGCUUACUAUACGCUUAUAGCCUUCGCACCAGUGUUGUUGGCCUUCUAUUACGUGCAGAACUACUACAGAUGCACUAGUCGAGAAGUGAAGAGGUUGGAUGCCCUCACUAGAAGUCCCAUAUACAACCACUUCCAGCAGACCCAGGAUGGCAUCUCGACUAUCCUGGCAUUCCGCAAGCAGGACGCCAUGGACGCCGUUAAUUCCUAUCUGAUAGACCAUCACAUUCGCUGUAAUGUGGUGCAGAUGUCCAGUAACCGUUGGUUGGCCAUCCGGCUCGAGGCCUUUGGUGGCUUCCUCGUGCUCAUAACGGCGGUCUUUCUGAUCAUGGCCCGCAAUAUUAUCAAUCAAGGCGUCGCUGGUUUGGCUAUCAGCAGUGCCUUGCAAAUAACUGCAGCGCUGAGUAUGUUGACGAGAGUGAUAGCGAUGGCCGAGAAUGCUUUCAACUCGGUGGAACGUAUCGUGGGGUAUUCUGAAGUGGAACCGGAAGCAGCCUCGGUGGUGGAGA